UGUGUUACAGGAUUUACCAAGUCACUUUGCGAUGUGAGCUGCACAAUUCAUCUCACUUGAGACGUAUUUCUAUUCUGACGUGCUACUUCAUUUGGCCCGAAAUAAUUUUCUAUUCCGCCGCAUUCAUUUUCAUCCAUUAUAUGAAGUCUUUUCACAGGGGAUGUUAGCUGGAGCCGUCCGCGAUGUUUACAUUUUCUUCAAAAAUAAAUUUUUGGGCUUUUAGUGCUGAUUUGUGAUACAACUAUGUUGUUUAACAAAGAAUAGAAGUUUAUCUUUGCUCCGCUGUAGCAUUCUAGCCGAAACAUGGGUUAUUCAUUGAGUUAUUAGCAGUUGAACCUGCUCAGUCAAAUCUGCUAAUAACUCAAUGAAUAACCCAUGUAUCGGCUAGAAUGCUACAGCGGAGCCAAGAUAAACUUCUAUUCUUUGUUAAACAACAUAGUUGUAUCACAAAUCAGCACUAAAAGCCCAAAAAUUUAUUUUUGAAAAAAAUGUAAACAUCGCGGACGGCUCCAGCUAACAUCCCCUGUGAAAAGACUUCAUAUAAUGGAUGAAAAUGAAUGCGGCGGAAUAGAAAAUUAUUUCGGGCCAAAUGAAGUAGCACGUCAGAAUAGAAAUACGUCUCAAAUGAGAUGAAUUGUGCAGCUCACAUCGCAAAGUGACUUGGUAAACCCUGUAAGAUGAAACUUGUCGAAACACAUUGCAAGAAAAGGAUAGCAAUAUAAUGAUGAGUUGUAAUAUACCAUCUAUUGAUCAAACCAAUGAAGCUGUGGAGCUUUCUUUUUUUUCUAUGGAUUAUCAAUUUUACAGUCGUUUAAGCUUAAUCUGUGGUGCUUGGGUAAUAUCCAAAUCGUGUAACGAGUUUUAAUAUCUGGUCAUGUAAAUCGAUGAGGUUCGAAACCGUCAACGGCGAAACGGUCACCGGUUUUGAACAGCAUCUUUCGAAUGCGUUUCGAAAGAUUGCGCUUGCGUUCCGAAACGCACUUUGACCCGAUAACCUCGUGUCCCCACGUCAGGUUAUCGAUACGUCAUGUGGGAGCGUGCAUGAGAGAGAAUUUUGUGCGUAAAUUCUCUCUCAGCAUCCUGGGGAAUCGGCUAUCGUGGGCUUCGUGCGAUCGAUCAGCGGAUCGAUCGAGCAUUCGUAUACGUGUAGUUGAGUGGAAUAAAUGGUAUUAUUAUAACGUUUUCAAGACAUUCUACGUCCUAGUGUUUUUUAUCCUGUUUUUGUUGACCCCGACGUGAUUUUGCUACGUGAAAAAGGUGAAAUAAUAGUGAGUUGUGCUACGUGCUAGUGAAAAGAAGGCAAUAUGCCGACGGAGGAUCAAACAGCAGACGAAAACCAGCGGAUCAAGUUGGAAGCGACUCGCCAACUGACAGGCCUAGAAAGUGCGCUGCAAAACAUUUUAUCGCAAGUGCGCGAAGGUAGAUUGAGCCAGCAAAUGGCUAAGAGUAAGGAUGAGAUCGCAGCGUUAUUGUGGAGCGAAGGCAACAAAGUGCUGUUGCAGCUGGAAGCAAUAUCGGGUCCGCAACCGCGACGCGAUACGUUCGUUGAGGCCUACGCGCAAGUGAAAACCGAACUGAGGAAAGUGUAUGCGGUGGAAGUGCCGCCUACUCCGCAGUUAGAUGUAACACUUGCAUCAACCCCUUCCCGCUCCGAUCACCUUCCGCGUAUCGAACUUCCGAAGUUUAACGGUGAUCCUUCGGAAUGGCCAGCGUUCGCGGGACGGUUCGAAAAGCGGAUUGUCGGUUUGACAGGUGAUGCGGAGCGGUACGCGUUCCUUAUAAAGUGUUUCGAUCGGUGCGAUAUUGCGCGGAACAGUUGCGAAGCCUUCGAAAACGCUGGCAUGCCCUUCGAAAGGGCAUGGAGUAAGUUGGAGGAAAGGUUCUACGAGAAACGGGUAGCUUUCCUCAGCCACUUUAACUAUCUCAGAGACCUUCCAAAAAUGACUGUGGCGUCUUCCAACGGGCUUAUGCGGAUAAUAGAUGUGGUCGAAACAUCAACCUCCGCAGCGAAGCAAAUUGCAGGCGCAAGCGGACGGCCUAGCGUGGUGGAGGAUGGAAUGCUGGUGAGCCUGGUUAUGUCCAAGCUAGACGAUGAAACCAUAACCAGAAUAUCCCGUAGGCUGGACGUCCACACCAUUCCGACGUGGAAGGAACUGCGCGACGAGCUCGAUAGGUUGUCGAGUUCGCUCUACUAUGAGCCGCGGAAAAGCGCCGCGUCCCGUCCUGACCGCGCUUCUACUAGUAGCAAGCACCCAAUACGUGCGGCAUUCGUAGCCACGGUGGAUACAGUAAGUACCAGUCAGACGUCAACCCCGCAAACCCAGCGAACUAGAUACAGCUCGGUGGAUCACCAGCCAGGCACGCGACGCUGCUAUGCGUGCGACAAGCCGGGCCACACGGGCCCGCUGUGUCCAGAACUGCAGGUUCGGUCGGAAUGUGAACGCAUCAACUACGUGAUGAGCAAAGGCAAGUGCGUGAAUUGCGUUUCUAGCCAGCACCCCGCUUCGCAGUGCCCCAGCAACAAAAGAUGCCAAGUGUGUAGACAAAAGCAUCAUACUCUUUUGCACGUGAAAUCUUCCGAAGCUGCGAAGUGACAAUCACAUUCCGUUUCGCCUCCACGU